CAAAAUAUCCUCCGCCCUGUCAGCUACCUCCUUAUCUCUCUCCCACUGGAGAGAGCCGAGCUUCCCCUCGCUCCGCGCCAUUUUCUCGCCUUUCUAAACAAAAUCUAAAACAUUCAAGAAAACGGAAAAAAUGGCUCUUUCCACGGCGAAGCUAUCGGAGAUCCCCUUCCACCAUGGCCCCCUCCCCCUCUGCUCCCGCCCCUCCAUCUCCCUCCUCCGCUACCGCUUCCGCUUGCUCUUCUCGACCUCCGCCUCCCUCCGCCUCGCGGAGCGCGGCGGCGGAGGCGGCGGCGACUCCCACGCUCGCCGCACCCCUAAACACCGCAAAUACCCCUGGGACGACGAAUCCUCCGCCGGCGAAAACCCUAACCCCAGAAACCCCCCAGGUACCCACCCCCUUCGCGCCGCUCCCUCCGCCCCCUGGCUCCAGCAAUGGACCCCUCCCGACCCCCUCCACCCUGCCUCGCCGCCGCCCUCGGAGAGGAGCCCGGUCGCCGUCGGAGAGCUCUCUCAAGCCAACGCCGGCCGUGGCUCGAUCGAGAGGAUUGUGCACCGCCUGCGGAAUUUAGGGCUGGGCCUCGAGGACGACGAGGAGGUGGGAAGCUCGGAGGAGCCGCGGCCGCUGGAUGGGAGCGAGAAGCUGGGGGAUUUGCUCGAACGGAGCUGGAACCGCCCCGAUUUGCCCGGUCCGGACCAGGCGGUCCUGCCGUGGGAGAGGGAAUGGGAGAGUGGAUUUCAAGGGGAGGGGGAGGGUUUGAAGAAGAGGAGGGUGAAGGCGCCGACCCUGGCGGAGCUGACUAUUGAAGAUUCGGAGCUGAGGAGGCUGAGGCGGCAAGGGAUGUUGUUGAGGGAGAGGAUGACGAUUCCGAAGGCUGGUGUGACGCAGGCUAUAGUGGGGAAGAUCCACGAUGCCUGGCGGAAGUCGGAGCUGGUCCGGCUCAAGUUCCAUGAGGCAUUGGCCCAUGACAUGAAGACGGCACAUGAGCUUGUCGAGCGUCGGACUGGAGGAUUGGUUAUAUGGAGAUCAGGAAGUGUUAUGGUGGUCUAUCGUGGUAGUAACUAUAAACGGCCUUUGAGGUCUCAAUCUUCAGAUCUCGAGACCAAUUCUACAAAAUUAUCAGAUGAAGGCAGCACACUGUUCAUUCCAGAUGUUUCAGGUGCUCCCAAAUUGGCUGAUGAGAAACAAUCUAUAUCUUCAACAGCAGAACAGGCCAGACCAUCUCUAAUGACCCCUGAGAGCACUGAAAGCAUGACGGGGGAGGAAGCAGACUUUAAUCAAUUGCUUGAUGAGUUAGGUCCUCGCUUUGUUGAUUGGUGGGGUACUGGAAUUUUACCUGUAGAUGCUGACUUACUGCCUCAAACUAUUCCUGGCUAUAAAACGCCAUUUAGACUUCUUCCCACAGGAAUGCGGUCACGGCUUCCCAAUUCUGAGAUGACUAAUUUGCGAAAGCUGGCAAAAACUCUUCCUUGUCAUUUUGCCCUCGGCAGAAAUAGACACCAUCAAGGCUUGGCAGCUGCUAUUCUGAAGCUCUGGGAAAAGAGCUUAGUGGUGAAAAUUGCUGUCAAACGGGGAAUUCAGAAUACAAACAAUAAGCUAAUGGCUGAGGAGCUGAAGAAACUGACAGGAGGAAUCUUGCUUCUCCGGAACAAAUAUUACAUUGUCAUAUAUCGCGGAAAGGAUUUUCUUCCAACCUCAGUGGCCUCUGCUUUGGCUGAAAGGCAGGAAUUGACAAGAAAUAUUCAAGAUCUAGAGGAGAAAGCACGCAACCGUAUGGCUGGGGUAUCUCAUGCUGAUGGACUUGAAGGGUAUGCACUUGCAGGUACAUUAGCUGAAUUUCAGGAGGCUCGGGAAAGGUGGGGAAGAAAUAUAUCUGCUGAGGAGUACGAGGCAAUGAAAGAAGAAGCUUCCAGAUCUGAAAAGGCUAGGUUAUUCAAGAAGAUUGAACAUAAAUUUCAUAUUGCUGAAGCCAAGAAAUUAAGAGCAGAGAGACUGCUUGCAAAGAUAGAAGCAUCAAUGAUUCCUGUUAGCCCAUCUGAUGACCAGGAAAUGAUAACCGAUGAAGAAAGAUCUGUCUUCCGCAGAAUUGGUUUGCGAAUGAAGGCAUAUUUGCCUCUUGGCAUACGUGGUGUUUUUGAUGGUGUCAUUGAAAAUAUGCACCUGCAUUGGAAGCAUAGAGAACUGGUGAAACUAAUAUCCAAGCAGAAAACUCCUUCGUUUGUUGAGGAUACAGCACAUCUGUUAGAAUAUGAGAGUGGUGGAAUUUUAGUGGCAAUUGAAAGAGUUCCCAAAGGUUUUGCACUAAUUUUUUACCGUGGAAAAAAUUAUCGACGACCUAUCAGCUUGAGGCCUAGAAAUCUCCUAACAAAGGCUAAAGCAUUAAAACGUGCAGUUGCAAUGCAACGCCAUGAGGCACUCAGCCAACACAUAAUUGAGCUGGAGAAAACAAUAGAGCAGAUGAAACUAGAUCUGUUGGCAUAUUUAGGAGAUCUUAAGGUUGGAGCAAAUCUGCCUAUCAAUUUGAUGCCACCAAAAUGUGAUGACGAUGGUAAGGGAAUCUCAGAAGGUGAGGAAAGAGAUAGCAAUAAUCCACAGCUUAUUCAAUCUGGUUCCACUUCAUGUUUCAGUGAGAUCGAAGAGGAAGAGACCUAUGUUGAGCCUGAAGAUGUUGAUGACAGUGACAAUGAUUAUAAUGAUGAUGAAGGUUCACAUUUUGAGACAAACAUUUCUGACAUAUGAUCUAUGAUGCUAGAAUUCUUGUGUACAAUGAUUCUUGUGAGCAUUCUAUCAACGCAUUUUGCUUCAUAAGUGUAUCAUUUUUUCCCCCUAAUUAUUCAUUUUUGAUGAAACUAUAAUUAUCCAUGCAAAUUUGGAUCAA